GUAGCCCAUAUUUUAAGCCACUUUGUCGACACCGUAGAGAUAAAUACAUAAAUUAAUCAUCUCUAGGGUUAGAUUAUUAACAAUAACAAUGUAGCUAUUUUAUAAAAGGGGCACAAAGGGCAUUACCAAAGAACAAGUCCACACCUUCUAGUCUUCUUCACUUCGUUUUCAUAAAGAGUCUUUCGUAAGACCAAAGAGCCAUUUUCGAUUCCAGGGCUAAAACUAGGGUUUCACAGUUCAUGAUGAAGAAGAGACAGAUGGUAAUCAAGCAGAGAUCAAGAAACUCCAACACAUCUUCCUCUUGGACUACUACUUCGUCUUCUUCUUCUUCCUCCGAGAUCAGUAACGUCCGUUACGUGGAGUGUCAGAAGAAUCACGCUGCUAACAUCGGAGGCUACGCCGUCGACGGUUGCCGUGAGUUCAUGGCCGCCGGAGUUGAAGGAACCGUUGAUGCUUUGAGAUGCGCGGCUUGUGGUUGUCACCGGAAUUUUCACCGGAAGGAAGUUGAUACUGAGGUUGUUUGUGGCAUGUAAUUGUCGUGGAGAGCGUGAAGUUGAAAUCGGUGAAGGCCCAUCAUUGGCAAAUCAAUCGACAUUAAAAACCAAUGAUGAUAUUUUAUUUUCUAAACAAGUCAAAAUGGUUUUAUUUGGGUGAUCAAUCUUGCAUUUUUUGUUGACGAUUGGCUCUUUCGUAAGUGAGCAACCUUUAGAAGACCCACCCACUAAUUAGUAUGAUUAUUAUUAAGGAUUUGUUUUGUUUUGUUUUUGUUUGUUGUUUUUUUCUUACUAAUGGACCGACGUGGAAAGCCCUAGGCCCCAUGCACAAGCUUAGUAAAAGGCCCGUGGUAUGUGACUUAUCUUUAUUUAAUUGUCAUCAAAAAUUUAAAACAAUCACUGAAUUCUCCACUAAAUUCGAGGCUUCUAUCGGGAGUUCUAGUGUAGUUCAACUUCAUGGACACAUUUUUAAAACUAAGAGAGAAAUAACCCUUUACUAUAAACAACUUAAAGGUAAA